AUCUAUGCCCUAGAAGAGGAGUAUUUUUGUGCAUACCGUAUGCUUAACGAAGAAUUCGACGGGCCGGAGAUAAGCGAAGAUAACGAUAAUAACACAUACGUCUACGGUCGUAUUGCGAAGCAUUAUAUAGUGAUCGGUUAUCUUCUAGCCGGUCGGUAUAGCACUAAUUUAGCCGCCCGCGUUGCCCGAGAUAUGGUCCGGACCUUUCCACGACUGCGGUUCGCCUUAAUGGUAGGCAUCGGAGGCGGCGCACUAACUACCCGAAAUAAUAUCCGAUUAGGGGAUAUUGUCGGCAAGUUGAAAGAUAGCCACUUUCAUAGGACAGAUCAACUUAACGCGCCGCCUAAGAAGCUUCUAGGGGUUAUUCCUGAGAUGCGCAGACUGCACAGUAAUAAAAGGAAACCAGACAGACUCGGCGAAUAUCUUCAACGUCUCGAUGAUAUAGAAGAUUAUCACUAA